AGGAUGCUUAUUUUGUUUCAGACUGCUGUUGCCCAACAGAAUCUGUGUAGUAGCUGUGGAACUAUCGACCGAUAAAUAAACAGGGCAAAGUAAACCAAGCGGGAGAAGAGCACAGACAAGUACAAUUUAAGGUGUUUGCGCGCACACAAGGGACUCAGCGGACAUUGCCAGAUGCGACUCACAGCGGUGAAGUGAGCCGGGGAAAGAGAUUACAGGACUUCGAGGUAGCAGAGACCAACUUCAGCGCGUCAGAUCCUUCAGGGACUUUGUUGGACAAGUCAUCAACAAUGGAGUCACCCCAAAUUCAACUUCAGCCCUACUUAUUGCAGCCCCGCAUGUUGGGGUGCAAAUCGGUGUACAACAGCAGAGUUCGCCCUUCCCUCACUUACGCCCACGUCCAAGGACGAGUCUAUAACUUUUUGGAACGGCCGUCCGGCUGGAAGUCCUUCGUGUAUCACUUCUUUGUAUUCCUCAUGAUUCUUCUUUGCCUGAUCCUCAGUGUUCUCUCAACCAUUCCAGAGUAUCAUCUAAUAUCUCUUUCAAUUCUCUUCUGGGUGGAGAUUUUCGUUGUGACCUUCCUUGGUGUGGAAUAUAUUGUCCGACUUUGGUCAGCCGGUUGUCGUAGUAUUUAUGUUGGAAUAUGUGGACGACUACGAUUUGCAAGAAAGCCAAUAAUUAUAAUAGAUCUAAUUGUUGUGGUUGCCUCAAUAAUUGUACUAGCAGUUGGCUCCAAAGGACAUGUGUUUGCAACCUCUGCUGUAAGGGGGAUCCGUUUCCUUCAGUUAUUGCGUAUGCUUCACGUAGACCGCCAAGGAGGGACAUGGUGGCUCCUGGGUUCUGUUGUCUAUGCCCAUCGCCAGGAGCUGAUCAUGACCCUUUACAUUGGCUUUCUGAGCUUGAUCUUCACUUCAUACUUUUUGUACGUGGCAGAAUCUGGAGAAGAUGCCCAUCUCUCAACUUUUGCGGAUGCUCUGUGGUGGGGAGUGAUAACUGUGACGACAGUUGGCUAUGGAGAUGUCAUACCUGUGACCUGGCUUGGGAAGAUCAUUGCGUCCCUUUUCUCGGUCUUUGCCAUAUCCUUCUUUGUACUCCCUGCAGGAAUUUUAGGUUCAGGUUUUGCACUGGCAGUGCAGCAGAAACAAAGGCGGAAACAUUUUAAUAGACAAAUCCCCGCUGCCGCUCGUGUUAUUCAGACAUCAUGGAGAUGUUUUGCAAUGAAAAAUUCUGAUUCUGCCACAUUUAACAUGUUCUUGAGAAAGAGAUCCAACACGCCGAACUUCUCACUGCCGACCCCCACGCCUAAAAAAUCAGUGAAGAAGUUGAACAAGGACGCCGCUUCAGAUUUUCUGGCAGUUUCUAACAUGGCCAGUACCUCCGUGUUUACGCAAGAAAGCAAUGUUUUGAACUCUAAUGUGGGUAGCACGAUGGACAUAGAGAAAACACCUGGCCUUCUGGAUAUUGAUUCUUCUAAUGGCCUUAAGAUGAACUACAGUUUUGCAGACAACCUGGAACAAGAAUCAGAGCAAGACAGUGCACUGACUGCGGCCACCUCCAUAUCACAACUAACCCAGUCACACAGACGAGCCAUUCAUGUGAUCCAGAAAAUCCGCUUCUAUGUGGCUAAGAGCAAGUUCCAGCAAGCUCGUAAACCAUAUGAAGUUCGUGACGUGAUUGAGCAAUACACUCAGGGCCACCUCAACCUGAUGGUGCGCAUCAAGGAACUGCAGAGAAGAUUGGACCUGUCAUUAGGGAAGAUGCAUUUAUUCCAGACAGGAGGAGCCAGAGAUAAGGAAAACAGUUCUAUUGGAUCCCGCCUCAACAGAAUGGAGGACAAGAUCAAUAACAUGGAUCAGAUGCUGAACCGCAUUGCAAGGUCUCUCAAUGUUCUACCAGACCAGAGGGGUAACAUUGAGGUCGAACAUGAAGGUAGACUAAAGCCACAGCCUGACAAUUCCAGCAAUAUCAACCCCAACAUGGAUGGCCCACCAACCUAUGAGCAGCUGUCUGCAAAAUAGGAGGACAGAAUCUGAUACAACUUCUUAUGCUUUCUUUCUGUCUUUCUUUUUUUCGGUCUUUUUUUGUCUGAUUUAUCAACAUUUUGUAACUCCAAUAUGAAGUAUUAAUCUGCAUGUAUCUUUAAACGGACCCAGGCUGUAGAUCAGUGGUCUGUGCGCCCCACUGCCAUUGUGGAGGCAUGGGUUCAAUUCCCACUUGUGGUUUGUGUCAGGAAGGGCAUCAGGCGUAAAAGCGUGUGUUCCAAAUCUGUCAUGCAAAUCGACCGUUUCGUUGCUGCGACCCCUUUACGAGAAAAGAUGAGGGGGGGUUUCUCUAUAGUAUAAAUGGAUGCAUAUAGCCUAUAUACAGACUAUGUAUGAACAUACAUCUUCAUUCAUAAUAAAGCAUUGGUUAAAUUAUCUGGUGUGCCUUGGGUUCAAUUCACCUAUUUAAGGGUAGGUCCUUCUGUAUCUGCACACUUCAUUGACAGGGAUACACUCAUCAAGUCUUCUAACUUAGCCUUCAUGUUGUGAAUGAAGGAAGACAUAGAUAUGGAUGAAACACUGGACUUCGAGCAUUUGAGGUGUCCUUUUUGUGAAUUCCUCUUUCAUUGUCUUACUGAUCAAGUACUUUAUGGUUUUAGUCAAAAACUUCCAUCUUGACUUGAAAUUGAAUGCACCUACAAGAGCUUUGUAACUGUGGGCACAGUAGUUGGUUAAUUGCUGUUAAUUGUGUUGAACAGCCUACCAACAAAAAUUAAAUACCGUGGUACCUCAACAUACGCUCGCUUGGACCAACGAUCUUUUCGACAUCCGACGUAAAAUUUAACUCGCCAUUUGUGUCUACAUCCGCCGACAUGCUCAAAAGGUGACAAGUAUAAUUAUGAUUACAUUGCCAAAAAAUCACUAGCUUUGUCAGGUUUUUAAUCAUUUAUUUCAGAACUUGUGCAACACAACAUGCCUACUGUCCGACGCAGGAAAACAAAGUGAAAGUAAAAAGUCCCUCUCUCACUCAAGACAGCCACGCGGUGCGUUCAGGUACACCACACGAAACACAUCUGCCACAUUAGAACUCGAUUUGUUACAUUGUUAUAGGUAUUAUUAUUAUUAUUAUUAUUACUAUUAUUAUAUUAUUAUUCCGAUUUUUAAUCAUAAUGUAUUUGUUUUGCUCUGUGUAAUUGCUAUUUGCAAUAGUACCAGGAUUCAGUGUAGGUUUUCUCAGUGUGGAACGAAUUAAUGGAAUUUUAAUGUAUUCUUAUGGGAAAAUCCUGCUCAACAAAUGACCAUUUCUACUUACAAUUAAGGUCCUGGAACGAAUUAACUUUGUAUGUAGAGGUACUACUGCACCAAGAUUAAAUCAUCCAAACUAGCAAUAAAUAAACCACAAUAGGCCUCAAUGGAAACAUGCUUUUUAAACUCAUUUUGACUGUAAAGAUGUAUAAAUCUCUACAAAUGUAAAUAAAGAAAUCAGUUGAUACCAACCAACCAUUUAAGAAAAUAUAUCAGCUUUCCAAGACCUUCAGCUUUUAAGCUGAAAAGGAAUUGAUUCAGAUUGUAUCGGAAGUUUCAGAAUUACUUCUGAUUGCUCUCACUGUAUCAUCUACAAAAAAUACCUGUUGAAAGAUCAUUCCCACCAUAAUAAGUCACAAAACAGAAAAGAACUGACCACGGAAGACUUUCUUCACUGGCAACAGACAGAGAGACUUUUGAAGCUGAGAUAGGAAAAAGAAUUGUUCCACAAUGGAGUUCCAUCAAUUAUCUUUCCCACUUAUCUUCAUAAGGGCUGUGGUGGUGGUGGUGGUGAAGAAGCCUAAUCCUGCUGACUAUGAGCAAGUGGUGCGGGUACCAACUAAACUGGUUGUAAGCCAAUCAGAAUGCACAAAUUGACAAACAACCGUUUACACUCACAUUCACAUCUAUGGACAAAUCAGAACGUUCAGUUAACUUAGCGUGUAUGUUUUUGGAAUGUUGGAGGAAAUUGUAGAAUUGCGGAAAAUGGUUUAAACCCUUGAUCUCAGAUCUGUGAGGCAGGGUGCUAACUAUACAAUGGACUCUUAAAAAGUAAACCAAAGACAAUGGCGUGCUUUUACUUUUACCUAAAUUGAGAUCACACUAGAAAAAAAAUAAUUCACCCAUACACAAAUCCAUCAAUUUUAUAGACUGCUUAAGGAUGGUGGA